AUGGCUUCCAAUGAUGAACAGCAGCCAAUACAUAUUCUCUUCUUCCCGUUUAUUGCGCCUGGCCACCUCAUACCGGUCGCGGCCAUGGCCGCCCUCUUUGCUUCACGUGGCAUCAAGUGCACCAUACUCACCACUCCCGUAAACGCCACCGUUAUCCGCUCGGCCGUUGACCAGGCCAACAACGCCUUCCGCGGCACCGACGCCCUGGCGAUCCACAUCUCCACCAUCCCCUUCCCUGAUGUCGGACUCCCGCCGGGCGUCGAGAGCGUUGUAGGCAUCUCCUCAGAGGCCGACCUCCACAAGUUGCUGGAAGGGGUCCAGCGGCUCCGCGAGCCCUUGGAUCGGUUCCUGGCCGAGCACCACCCCGUCCCCGACGCCGUCGUGGUCGACAGCUUCUACCUGUGGGCCGCGGACGUCGCCGCCGAGCACGGCAUCCCACGGCUGUCUUUCCUUGGGAGCAGCCUGUUCGCCCGGGCCUGUAACGAAUCCCUGCUCCGCAACAACCCGUUCGCGCUCGCUCCAGAUGACCCCGACGCCGUCGUGUCCCUGCCGGAGCUGCCGCACCGCGUCGCGCUGAGGCGCAGCCAAGUGAUGGACCCAAGAAAGGAUCAGCUGCAGUGGGACUACAACCAGCUCGUGCACGCCGCGGACCGGAGGAGCUACGGCGAGGUGUUCAACAGCUUCGCCGAGCUGGAGCCGGACUACGUCGAGCACUACCGCACGACGCUCGGCCGCCGUGUGUGGCUGGUCGGCCCGGUCGCCCACGCCAACGCCAGCGAGGACGACAUGGCGCCCGGGGCGGACAGGUGCCUGCGGUGGCUCGACGAGAAGCCACGCGGCUCAGUUGUGUACCUCGCAUUCGGCACACUAGCCAAUUUCUCGGCGGCGGAGCUGCGGGAGGUGGCGCGCGGCCUACAGCUGUCCGGCAAGAAUUUUCUGUGGGUCAUGAAGUGUGGAGGAGCGGACACGACGGCGGAUGCAUCGGAAUGGAUGCCCGAAGGCUUCGCCGAGCUGAUUGAUGUCGGAGCACGCGGCCUCCUCUUCCGGGGUUGGGCUCCCCAGAGGCUUAUCCUCGAGCACUCCGCUGUCGGUGGGUUUGUGACGCACUGUGGAUGGAACUCGGUGCUGGAGGCCGUCAGCGCUGGGGUGCCGCUGGUGACGUGGCCUCGGCACGCUGACCAGUUCUACAACGAGAAGCUCGUCGUCGAGGUGCUCAAGAUGGGGGUCGGUGUCGGUGCCAGCGACUAUGCCUCCCACCUUGAGGUCCGCCGCGAGGUGAUCAGCGGUGUGAAAAUCGCGGAAGCCAUUGACGGAGUGAUGGGUGGGAACCAAGAGGCCGAGGCGAUAAGGAAAAAGGCUAUGGAGCUCCGUGGGAAGGCUAGGAGCGCAACAGACAAGGGCGGCACUUCGUAUGACGAUGUCGGAAAGCUGAUCCACGAGCUGAUGGCUCGCCGGAGAUCUGUCCAUUCAUGA